CCUUCUAGUCCAAUAUGCCUGCAUAGCUUAUCUUUGUUGAUCCCACACAUGUAUUGUGUAUAGUCAUUCUUGGCAUUGUGUAUACAGUAGCCAUUCUUAAGUGAAACGAGACCCUUUUAGUCCAAUCUGCCUGCAUAGCUUUAUAUAAUAUAAAGACGUUCAGAAUAGUGAUGGAUAACAACUUUAUUAUCCCGAUUGAGGCUGUAGGCCAUGCUCCUAGUGCCCUGGUCAAGAACAAUAAGACGAGCCGUUUUGCAGAGCAUCCCAAGGUUACCAUUGCUAAGGGAAAGAACAAGACAAUGACAUCUUCGAGAUACAGGAUAUUGUGUUAAGUACUCGGCUAGAUGGAAAGCCAGUGGAUAUAGGGGAGAUUAACAGACUCCUGGCGGAAGGAAUUGAGAACAUCAUGAAGGAGAAAACGAAGGGUACAGUAAUAUUUAUUCAGAUAAGACGCAGAAAGGUAGUACUAACAAAGAAACAGUCCAAAUUAAAAACCAAAUUAAACAUAACGAAAUAGAGGAUAUAACCUGUAUUACAUUCUCAAGACCAUGUAAAUCUAGGGGUGUCUAUUGUGACGCUUGCUCUCACUGGGUGCAAUACUAUUGUUCAGGAAUGUCCGGGAAAGAAAUUGAAAAUGUGGAGGACAAACACAGAAAAGGCAAUUACACAUGCAAAUUCUGCUGCAAAACCAACAAUAAAUGCAAUACUAAGAUACAACUGAUCAUUCCUUCAAUUGACACAUCAACAGUAAAUGGAGCACGGUCCAUAUUAAAUGAAGAAAAUGAUACUAAAAUGUCAAGCUGUUAUGUCUGUGGUGACGAACUUACUCAUAAUGUGCAAACUUGUGAACCUUGUAAUGCUUUAUGUCAUGAACACCGUGUGGAAACUAGUGAAGAUCAACUUACUUGUUACUGUGUAACUUGUGCUAGUCUGACAGAACAGGUGACAAGACCCAAUAAUAGUGGGCUGACCCUCCAGGACAGGGAAGUGAGGCAGAACCAGAAUGAGAACAUUGCUGUGGCAGUGCUCCAACCAACAUCAAUAGAACCACACACGAUACAUCAUACUACUGCGGAUAGCACAUCGCAAGCAAUCACAGAAAAUAAGAUAAGUGAAGAUGACGGGAAACUAAAAUACUUGAAAAGCAAGAACUUAGAAUCAGAAUUAAAAACUAAAGAUAAGGAGUUAAUAGAGUCCAACAAAAAAAAAUGAUAAAGCAAGAGAAGUACAUGAAACAAAUUGAAGCUAGAUAUCAGAAGCUUGAGUGUACAGUUAAAACUUUAAACCAGAAAAUCUUACAUCUGGAAAUGACCUCACGUAAAGACACUGGGGAUCAAAACAUUAACAGUCAAACAGCAUCCAGGGAAAAUGAAAAUAUAAUGCUCGUCAUACACUCCAAAGUAACUAACUUUAUACUAAAGCAAAUGGAUAAACAAUUAAAAACUUUAAGUACCAACUUGAAUGUGUACACAUGUGUUCUGACAGUUAUAAAAGUAAACCAGAAGGCACCAUCAAAAGGCGAAUCUCAUGCCCCUACAGUUGUUGAAGUAAACCAGAAGGCACUAUCAAAAGAUGAAUUACAGAUGAAUACUAGUCUCAACACAAACAUAGUAAAUCAGAACAUUCAAACUAAUGGAACAAUCCCAGACAGUCAGAAUAAUGCUACAAAUAAUUGUGAAAGUGGAAGAUCCAAUGUCUUAAACCUGAAAACACAUACAGACAGUCAAUCAAUGUCAAUACCCCAGGUUUAUGUGGCAGUGCCUACUGGACAUUUAUAUACAGCACUCACUGGUCAAGUCAUACAGUAUAAGAAAGAGACAAAAAGUCAGAGUCACACUCCCAAACUGAUUAACAGGAGAAGUGUUCCACAACCGCCAAAUAAUGUGUGCAUAAACAAUCCGAGGCAGAACGAAAAUAGAACCGAUAAAAGGCACUUAUAUCAAUUACCAAGACAUCCAGCUCCAAUGUCCCACCCUCCCGUCGUUAAUAAACAGCGAGCAAGAAACGAGAUACCUCAAGCGACGGUCGUUACCACAGAAAACAGAAUGAAAAUAAACCAUGAUAGUGUGAAUCUAAUAGAAAGCAGCACAGAAAUGGCACAACCAGAAAAAUACAUCCAUUCUUUUUUGGCCGAGCGCCCCCAACCGCCGGACCCAGUAUAACAAAAGUGAAACAAAGCAGUAGAGAGAUGACAAUAAUUUCAUACAAUUGCAAAAAUAUAGUUAAAAGUGAACACUUAAUAAACGAUCUAAUAAAAAAUGCAGAUUUUAUACGUCUACAGGAAACUUGAUUAUUUCAGUGUAGAUUGUCUUUACUAGGAGACAUUGGCAAAGGGAUAUGUUAUGCUGGUAAAACUGCUGACCAGGACAACCCACUGCUCUCCAUUUAACUCCCAAGAGGUGGAGCGGUGUUAUGGAAGAAAAGCAUAGACCACCUAGUCACUCAAGUUAGCGAUGGAAAUGAAAGGAUACAUUUUGUGGAGAUCAAUAGUGAACCAAAAGUACUCAUCAUCCCGGCAUACAUGCCCUUCAAGGACCUAAAAAAUAAAAAGAAAGCGAAGAACGCUGAAUUAGAAUUCCAGAGUGCACGAUCAGCUGCGUGAAUUUUUUUUUAAAUACCAAAACUCUCAUAGUAAAGUGAUUGGAGGGGACAUGAAUACAGAUCUUUCUAUUCAAAGACCUAGGCUGCCUAGAACUAAAUAUCGUCUUGAAUUAAUUACAGACUUAAAUCUGAAGUUUAACAUCUCUGGAAAAACCUAUGCAGACCCUAAAGGCCGUGAAUGCUCAGAAAUUGACUAUUUCCUUAUUAAGCAUAUCAGUCAUCAAGAUCAAACAGUACUUCUUAAGAAAGAGAUCCUCAAACAUCUGGAGUCAAAUACGUCAGACCAUUAUCAAAUCAAACUGAAAAUUCCUGUGAACUUUAGUAGUAAAACUCAGAAGGAAAAAGGCAGGAAAAAGCUCUACUCAAAAUUAAAAAGAAUAGAUGGGACAACAUUGAUAGUGCUUUAAACGAAAAUCAAAUACUAGUUAAAAGACUGUCAGAAUUGAACUCUUGUGAAUUAACAAACACUGAAGACAUUGAAGCAUAUUCCUUAAAAGUUAUGAAAAUUGUGAAAGACACUCCUUCUCCAGUAAGGCAAAAGUACAAAAGUCAAACCGAAAAUUGAAAAUAUGGACUUGUGAAAUAUGAUGUGCCUUAAAAGAACUACGUUCUGCAUUCUAGUUAUGGGCAGAAGCAGGAAAACCAAGAGACCUUGAAAACAAUCUAUAUACAGAAAUGAAGAAACUUAAAAGAAAAUUGCGCAGUCCAAUCAGACGUGAACAUGCACGACGAAUCACACAAGACCGAGAGAAUAUUAUGAAUGUACAUAGCGGCGACAAAAACUCUUUUAUAGGCUAAUUAAUAGACAACGCAAAACAAAAUAAUGUCAUAUAGAUGAUCUUAAUGUCAAUGGGGUGCAGCAUACUGGUAUAAAUGAAAUUCUGCACUGUUUUCAGACGCAUUUUUCAUCUCUUGCAACAAAAACGGAGAAUACACAGUACGACAGCAUAUAUCACGAAAUAAUAUAUAAUGAACUAUCACAUAUCAAGGACUUAGUGAAGGAUCGAGAUGUUAGUAUAAUUACUGAAGAACUUAAAAAAAGCGAUGAAAAGCAUUAAUAAGGGUAAAUCUGCCGACUUCUAUGGGCUGACAAUCGAAAGUAUCCUAAUAGGGGGGAAAAUCUACACAAUUUACUGUUACACUUACUAAACUCUAUUCUGAAAGUAGGGGCAAUCCCAAUGCGCCUUAAGAUUGGAUUAUUAACACCUGUUUUCAAAAACAAGGGAGAUCGCUCUGAUGUAUGUAAUUUCCGGGGAAUCACAGUGCUACCAGUUAUAGAGAAGAUACUAGAACUGGUGACCAGAAACCGAAUUGCACCUACCCUCAGCAAAAAACAGAGCCCAUACCAGCGAGGCUUCACACCGAACACCUCGCCGCUGCACGCUGCUCUGAUUGUGGAGGAAGUAACAAGAGAAGGCAAGGAUAGUGGCGAGCCUCUGAACCUGAUCUCCCUUGAUGCAAAAGCCGCCUUCAAUGUUGUUGAUCAUAGCCACCUACUUCGAAGGGUAUAUCAUGCUGGAAUAACUGACAGGCACUGGUUAAUCAUACAGAGUAUCCAUACAGAUGCAAGAAGUGUAGUCAAAUGGAACGGUGAGUUGUCAGAGCCUUUCAACAUAAAUCAAGAAGUGCGUCAGGGAGGGGUACUCAGUACAGAACUAUAUAAAGUCUAUAUAGACCCACUUUUACACCGCCUGGAAUCCGCAGAUCUAGUGUGCUCGAUAGGAACUAUUAAGUACAAUGCAAGUGCGUGUGCAGAUGAUAUUACUAUUCAUGCCAAAUCCCCAUCAGAUGCCGAAAUUCUUAUAAGUAUGGCUGAGGACUUUUCAAAAUGCGAAAGAUAUAUUCUGCAGCCAAAGAAAACUGAAGCUCUUUUAGUACUCCCAUCUGGGAAAACAAAACAUGAAGAUAAUGACUUCUCAAUAUAUGACAAUAUAAUCAAUAGGUCUUCCCGUAGUACACAUCUGGGACUGUUGCGAGCAACCACACUGAAAGAAACCGACGAACAUAACAUAAUAACAUCCAAAAGGCAAGACGGGCUGUUUAUAGCUUCAUGUCAAGUGGACUCCAUGGCGUAGGAGGACUAGAUGCACGAUCAGCACUGCACGCUAUCAAAAUGUUUGUCAUUCCCAUAUUGAUGUACGGAUUGGAAAUUCUACUGCCAAAUCGUUGCCUUCUGUACAAGUUAAAGCUGGCGCAAAAGCGGUUAAAUGAACAAUUGUUUAUGCUUCACAUAAACACCCCUGAUGUAGCCAUCUACUUGCUGAGUGGACUUCUUCCAAUGGAAGCUAUGAUCCAUAAAAGUGCCAUUGUUACCUUCAACUCACAGUGUGUCUACAGAAAGAUGAUGCGGUUGAAAGGCGUCUAGCCCUACGCCAAGUAAGAGUACAAUCUGCAAAAAGUUUAAGUUGGUUUAUAGAAGUACAAAAACUGUUUGGAAAAUAUGAUCUAGGGAAUCCAGAAGAAAUAUUAGAAACCCCUGUGGACAAACCAAUCUGGAAAAAUAGAGUUAAAACUGCUGUCUUUAGACACUGGCAAGACCUGAUACUUACAAAAGCACUGAACAUGAGUAAACUACGACAUCUGAAUUUACAACACGUAGCCAUAGAAAGACCCCAUCCUCUGCUACAGAUACCUUCAAAAUCAUCUUGUGAUGCCAAUAGAGCCCUAGUAAAGCUAAAAUUGAUGACAGGAACAUACACUCUUCAGAGCACCAGAUCACGUUUCAACAAAAGUGAGGUUGACCCAACUUGUCGCAUAUGCAACUGUGCAGAGGAGACGAUGUUACACUUCCUGCUCGAGUGCACUGUCCUAGAUAUAGUACGAAAACCAAUCCUGAGUGAUAUUAAAUAUGAUGUGUACCUCCUAUCAUGUAAAGCUACAAAGCUUUGGGAUGAACACUCCUUAGAAGAACAGGUUAACAUAAUCAUCGACUGUACUUCACUCUACACAUGUGAUCGAAUGCAGGCAGAGAGGCUAGAA